AUGACAACAUCAGAAACAACAACAACAGCAGCAGUAGAAACCUCGACUCUACUGAAGACGUUAGUUUACUUAGCAACCUGCUACUCCAACUACCACGGAUUCGUCAGCCUCAUUGUCUGCAUCAUUGGUACCUUCUGCAAUGCUUUCAACGUCAUCGUAUUGACCAGGAAAGAGCUGAUCAACAGCACAAAUCUCUUUCUCACGGCACUGGCUUUAGCAGAUUUCUUUACAAUGCUUUCCUACAUCCCAAUCUCUCUCCACUUCUACUGCAUCUACGGUCCUGAGAAGAGUCCCAAGCGGAACACUUAUUUUUGGGCGGUUUUUUUGAUCUUUCAGGCAAACUUUUCUGUAACUGCUCAUACGAUUGCUAUCUGGUUGGCAGUGGUCCUAUCCGCUUUUAGGUACUCGUUUCUAAAGCCACACGUGGCGUCGACUGCUACUUCUGCUGCUGUUGAUGGUGAGGCGAGUAGGAAGAGAUGGAAAAGAUUGAAAAACACUACUACUUCUGCUGCGGGUGCUUCUGCAAGCAGAGCGUCAAGUUUAAAAAAGAAACUCAAUCCGGAAGAAUCCGACAUGGAAAACAAACAAACUGCACAACAUCAACAACUGCUACAGCCACAAAAAACGCCAGCGCCGUUCAGAAGCCAGGUCGUUUGGACGAGAUGUGGGCAGAAGUCGAAGCUGGCCGUGGCGAUGGUUUGCGUCUGCAGUGUCAUCAUUCUAGUGCCUAACUAUGCAACGCUCAGGAUCGUAACCGAACCGAUCUCUCGGGCCGGUUCAAACGGUUCUAAUCUUGAAUACUAUCAUCUGGAGUGGCAUCGUUUAAACUAUUCGGACGAAUUGAGCGAUGAUUAUUCGUACGAUGAAGGCGAAGAUGGUGAGGAUUUCAACGAUACGAACGUGUGUAACGACGAAGAAAGCAGCAGCAGCAACAACAACAACAGCAACGACAACAACGACAACAACAACAACAACAACAUCAACAACGCUGCUAGCAGGAAGAGUGCCUCUACAAAUGACAUCAACAUUAACAUCAUCGCAUCAGCGAAAACGCCCUCAACAGACAUCAAGACAAUCAGCAUGGUGGACUUCAGUACCAGCGCUAACGUCAUUCCAACUACAACCAUUCCUAACAUACUUUUCAGUAUUUUUACUGCCUCUGUGUUAUCGUUCGAGAACAAUAACAAUAAUGACGUCGUGAAAAACAGAGAUGGGCCUGAAAAAUCACCGGAUGACAAUUUAAACGAGUCCGGCUCUGACGAUAAUGCGCUUUUGAGGGACCACAUUUUGAAAACAAUAUCCAUUAAUAACAACAACAAUAACAAAAUAAAUAAUUAUAAUAACAACAACAACAACAAAAAUAAUAAUAAUAGUAAUAAUAAUACAAUUCGAAAUGUUCCAAACAAAAAGUUAAUGAAACGUAAAGACGUCAGAUCAUACAGUGACAUGCGCGCCACCACUUACAACGAUGAAAAUAGCAAGAAAAAAUUUAAAAUUAAAAACAUCGCGCGCUAUAAAAAUCGCACAACGACUCGCAAGUCCAGCAGCAACGUAAAUUACGACAAUAUAAAUAACAGUUACGCAAACAACAACAACAACAACAUAGAUGAAAACCAGUUUAUAUACGAAGUUGCAUCAUAUCAAAGAUUCAAUGAAGAAAAAGAAGAAGACAACAACAACAACGACAACAACAGCACAAACAAUAACAACAACCAAACACAUCCAACCAACAACAACAACGACAGCGAUUUUGACUUUAUGGAAUUUCUAGCGAAUGCCAAUUUCUGGAUCCAAGCACUCUGCGUCAAACUACUACCGUGUUUCUUCAUGACUGUCUACUGCCUGCUACUGAUCCGCAUGAUGCAUAUCUCAAAUCGCAGACGCAACCAACUACUCUUCAGUACAAGAAACAACAAACUAAACAACCCAGCAGCUGUUGUUGCAGCUACAGUAGCUGCAUCUGCAGCUACUGUAGCUGCGACAACGGCUGCCGCCAACGUUAACAUCAUUGGCAAAAACGAUUGUUUGGUUAAAAAUCUAAAAAAGAGCCAGAAAUUUCAGAAUACAGAUGGCUGUUGUUGUGAUGAUGAUGAGGAUGACGACGAUGGUGGUGGUGGUGGUGACUGUAGGAAGAGAAGAAAAAGAAUAAAUUACGACGACAACGAUGUUUAUAAAAGGGAUGAAGAAGAUGGAGAGGAUGAUGCUGGCCCUAGUCGGAAGGACAUUUUUUUAGAGAGAAAAAUUUCAUAUGAAAGAUGCCAUAGAAGUCUUCUUCCUAGACAAAGUUCCAGUUUGAAAAACAACAACAACAACAACAACAACGUCAUCUUAACAAAAUCAAACGCCGGUUUGGUUGUUGUCGGUUGCGUUGUGCUAAACAAUUCAACGUGUGAACUGCUUAAUAAGCCGAAGUUGAACACCAAUGCAAACAUGAUUUCAAACAACAACAACAACAAAAAUAAUCAUAAUAAUAAUAACAUCAAUAACCUCAAUAACAUAAAUAACAUCGAAAGCAUCAAUAAAAUUACUAACAUCAAUAACACUGAUAAAGGUGACAAGGACCAUGUCAGCAAUUUUGAAGACCGCAUCGAUAGGAUUGAGUUGGAAGUUAACAAUAGUGAUUUCGUACUAGCCAGCAACGCUAAAGGCAAAAUUGGUAGCAGUAACAACAACAUCAACAACAACAACAACAACAGCAUCAACAACAACAACAACAAGAGAAAAACUAAGAGAAAAGGUACUAGGAACGCGCAGACAAAGAAGCGACAGCAGACUCGGCAGAAAGAUCAUAAUAGGACGACCGCAAUGCUUGUUGUUAUUGUUGUCUUGUUUCUUAUCACGGAAUUGCCACAAGUCCUGACUAAUGAGUUGUGUUGCAAGCCGACCAAUUAA